ACGUCUUUCUUUCCGCAUUGUUUUUCUUAGCAUGUCCUGGAAUUCAAGAAAUGCUAACCAAUACACCCUGGAUGUGUGUGACGUUUUAACAAAUGUAGAUGGCACAAUGUUACAAAUAAACAAGCCUGUAUAUAUUUGUUUCGACGGGUAUGAACGUCGCACAACAGUCGGCAGCGAUUCAGUGACGCAAUGAGCGUGCGCCAACACGGCAGACAUUAAUUUCCCGCGACCGACACAUUUCUCGGCAUGAUGGAGGAGUGUAGUUCUCCUACGGUUUCUCUCAGAGAGUUUGGCUGUGAGCAAAGUUUACUCUCCCGUCCUGAUGGCUCAGCGUCCUUCGUUCAAGGAGACACAAGCGUACUGGCUGCAGUGUAUGGACCAGCUGAAGUCAAAGUCAGCAAGGAAAUUUAUGAUAGGGCAACACUGGAGGUCAUCAUACAACCCAAAAUUGGCCUCCCAAGUGUGAAGGAACGAGCCCAGGAGAAGUGCGUGCGAGAAACCUGCGAGGCGUCCCUGCUCCUGUCCCUUCACCCUCGCUCAUCCCUCACGCUGGUCCUGCAGGUGCUCCACAACGAUGGCUCCCUGCUGUCCGGCUUCCUGAACGCCGCCUGCAUGGCUAUGAUGGACGCCGGCUUGCCCAUGAGUUGCCUGUUCUGCGGCGUGACCUGCGCCAUCCACGCAGACGGGAGGAUCAUCACAGACCCGACCGCCGCUCAGGAAGUAGAGAGUCGAGCUCUGAUGACCUUCGCCAUUGACAGCAAAGAGCGCCGUGUGAUGAUGACCUCCACCAAAGGAUCCUUUUCAGUGCACGAGCUGCAGCAGUGCAUCGCCGUCAGUCAGGCGGCGUCAGAGAAGAUCUUCCACUUCUACAGAGACUCGGUCAGGCGGCGCUACUCCAAAAGUGUCUUCUGAUCAUUUUUUUCCUUCGUAUUGCUCACAAAGAACACAUUUUCUAAUAAAAUAUUCACCAACCAUUUUGGGGCUCCUCUGCUUGCAGUUCACUCGCAGGUCACUUUGCUGCAAGUGUGUGUGUGUGUGUGUGUGUGUGUGUGUGUGUUUGUUUUAGCAGAUUGGAAGAAAUGCAGUGCAAGACAGAUGACAUAAGUGAGACCGUUUGAGGCCGAGCCUGAAAAGUUCCUGUUGUGGGUAAGUAGAAGUCUUCUCCUCAAGCUACCGUAAUUCCUCAUAUAAUGGUGGACUCAAAAUUAUUCAAUGCCCAAUGAUUUUUUUUUAUUUUUUUUUAUAAUAGCAUCGCAUAACGCAACAAAUAUCACAGUCGAUCAUUAUUGGUUGAGCGUGGCCGUCUAUUUUUGCAUUUUAUUUUAUUUUAUUUAAAUUAGUAUUUAUUGUAAAACAGACGGUAGCUGUCGAAUUGUGUAUUUUAUUUUUGUAUUUGCAUUUAUUAUUUGAAACAAAAAAUAAUGUGGCUGUUUAUUUUUGGAUUUUGUAUUUUCUUUUCAAAAUAAUGUGGCUGUUUAUUUUUGGAUUUUGUAUUUUCUUUUCAAAAGAAAGUGGCCAUUUAUUUUUGUAUUUUAUUUUAUUUGUAUUUAUUUAAAAAAACAGGUUUAUUUUUUUGUAUUUUAUUUUAUUUUAAUU